UUGACUUGACUUGUGCGCCGUGCGACAUGGCGGGGGUGCCAGUCGGCCCGCAAUGAUCUCAGGUGCGGCCGCCACUCUGCUACGACUUUCCUUUAUGACAUGCCUCCCAUCGGCAGGAGCUCACAACUCAUGUGGCAUGCUUGCACAGAUCAUAUAACGUCACAUUCCCCAUCAAAUCCAGCUGUACUCUCGGUGCUGCUAUGUGUGACUACCAGACGCAGCCGGACGCUGCCUUGGCUUUGCAUCAGGUUGCGUUAUCGGCGGCUCCCGUACGGCUAGCAGCGCGCCUUUGUGGUUCUCCGACGACCGGAUAUCCUUCAGGCCGGCUAUCCCUACGCGAGCGCAAGCGCUUGAGACAUUGUAUAAAGGUUGAAAUCAGCAGAAGGGCUGAACAAUACGAAGCACGCGUCUUACGUGCGCCACCGCGCAGAACAGCCUGUCCGAAGCAUCGUUAUGUCCGCCCAAAUUGGAGACGUCGUCGACAAGUCCUUUGACUAUGUCAUUAUCGGUGGUGGCACUGCCGGUAUUACCCUAGCUGCCCGCCUCAGUGAGGACCCGUCCAAGACUGUCUGCGUCUUGGAGGCGGGAGACCCGAACAUCGAUGACCCGGCCAUUUUGACGCCUGCCUCAUACGCAUCGCAUUUUGGGAAGAAGCAGUACGCUUGGGAUUUUGCGACGACAAAGCAGAAGAUGUGCACUGGCAAGAUAUUCCCAUGGGCACGGGGGCGUGGCCUUGGCGGCUCUUCCGGCAUCAAUUAUAUGGUGUGGACUAAGCCUCCGGCGGAGGAGAUUGAUGACUGGGAGCGCCUCGGUAACCCCGGCUGGAACUGGAAGAAUUUCCAGAAAUAUAUACAUAGAGCCGAACGCUUCGUUGAGCCAGCGGCUGAACUCCGCGAGAAGUUCAAGAUACCGCUGCACGAAGGAGACCUUGGCACGAAAGGCGCCCUAGCAAUUUCGUUCCCGAGGACGUUCAGCGAGGUAGAAACCUACCUGAUGCAGGCCGCCAAGAAUGCCGGUAUCCCAGCUGCACCAUGUCCAUACGGCGGCAACCCAAAUGGAGUUUUCUGGACGAUCAACUCCAUUGACCAACAAACCGCGACGCGCUCGUACGCUUGCACAGCGUACUACAUGCCCAAUCGUGACCGACCAAACUUGACUGUCCUGCCUGAUGCACACGUAGCGAGGGUCAUAUCAGACAAGGAUACGAACGGGAACUUGACCGUCACUGGUGUAGAGUUCUUGCAUGGUGAGAAAUGUUAUGUUGUGCAUGUGAACAAGGAGGCGAUUGUCUCCGCUGGGGCGCUGAAGUCCCCACAAAUUCUUGAGCUGUCGGGCAUCGGCAGUAGGUCCGUGCUCGAAAAGGUGGGGGUCGAGGUCAAGGUCGACCUGCCCGGCGUUGGCGAGAAUCUGCAGGAGCACGUCUACGGAGGGUUCUCUUGGGAGCUCAAGCCCGAGUAUGACUUCCUCGGCUUCAACGAGCUCCAGCACGCCGCGGGGCGCGCGCGACACGAGGCGCUCUACAAGGACCUCGCGGGCGCGUUCACGAUGGGGAUCGUCAACUUCUCGUUCCUCCCGCUCGAGGCCAUCGCUGGUGCCGAGCGUGCACAGGCGAUUUGCGAGCGCGCGCGCGCGCAGGUCAACGCGCUCGACGCCGCACGCACGCCGGCCGGCCUCCGCGAGCAGCACGCGAUCCAGCUCGCGCGUUUUCGCCCCGGCGUGUGCCCCGCGGGGCCCGGGUGCGAAAUUAUCGGCAUGUCGGGCGCCGCGGGCGCGCUGCCGACGGAGGAGGGCCGGUCGUACUUUUCGUGGGCGUACGGGAUCAACCAUGCACUCUCAAGGGGGCAUGUCCAUAUAACGUCGGACGACCCGAUGGUCGAGCCCGAGUUUGACCCGCGUUACUUUGAGCACGAGGCUGACCUCGACGUGCUCGUGGAGACCGCCAAGUUUGCGCGCAACAUCGCGCAGCAUGCGCCGUUGAAGGACAUGGUCGCCAGGGAGAUCGCGCCGGGGCCAGCCGUGCAGACCGACGAGCAGCUCAGAGAAUUCGUGAAGGCGACGUACUCGACGACGUGGCACACGUGCGGCACCUGCUCGAUGACCCCGCGCGACAAGGGCGGCGUCAUCGAUCACGAGCUCAGGGUGCACGGCACGAACAACCUCAGGGUCGUCGACCUGUCAAUUGUCCCACUGCACAUUGCUACACACACACAGGCCACUGUAUAUGCGAUAGCUGAGCAAGCAUCGGACAUCAUUAAGGGCACGUUCCAGCCUUAG